ACAGCCGUACCGUGUUGACGUGGUUGUGGUCACCUCCUGUUGUCCGUCUCGCCACUCGUCGUACUUUCACCACUGCUCGUCUUUGGGGAAAAAAUUCCCACGUGCUCCGGCUAAUCGUUUUUUACACAUUUUUUUUUCCUUGAACGGUCCCCUUUGGGUGAUUGACUUUUUUUAAAUAUAUUUUUAAAGCGCGAACACGGACAUUUUUUUUCGCCCUUUUGGAUUUCGAACCCGAGUUUGGGGUUUGAAAUACAUACGUUUUGUGCUUUCGAUUAUUUGUUUUUUUUUGCGGAUAUCCAUUGCCGUCGCGAUGCCUCUGUUCGGCAAGAAGGACGUGAAGAAGGCUAAAAAGGAUUCUGAGAAGGCGCAGUCGAUCGAGGACAAGUACGACAUCAAAGACCAGCUCGGCACAGGAGCGUUCUCCGAAGUCAAGUUGGCCGUGAGUAAGGAACGACCCAACGAAAUGUACGCGGUAAAAAUAAUCGACAAAAAAGCUUUGAAAGGAAAAGAAGACUCUCUUGACAACGAAAUCAAAGUACUCCGGAGGUUCAGUAAGUCAGUGAAGAGAAGUGAUCAAUCAGGGACCGACGAUAAGAACGAGGGUAAAUGGCUCACUCAUCCAAAUAUAGUACAGCUGCUGGAGACGUUCGAAGACAAAUCAAAAGUCUACUUGAUCAUGGAAUUAGUUACUGGCGGCGAAUUGUUUGACCGUAUCGUGCAAAAAGGAUCGUACACCGAAAAGGAUGCGGCUCAUUUGAUCCGCCAAGUGUUGGAAGCUGUUGAUUACAUGCACGAACAGGGUGUAGUGCACAGGGAUCUUAAGCCCGAAAACCUUCUGUACUACAGUACGGACGAAGACAGCAAAAUCAUGAUCAGUGACUUUGGUUUAUCAAAAAUCGAAGACUCUGGCGUUAUGGCAACGGCCUGCGGUACUCCUGGCUAUGUCGCUCCAGAAGUACUGGCACAAAAACCGUAUGGAAAAGCCGUGGACGUUUGGAGCAUUGGUGUGAUAUCGUACAUCCUUUUAUGUGGUUACCCGCCAUUUUAUGACGAAAACGAUGCCAAUCUAUUCGCUCAGAUUUUGAAAGGCGAAUUCGAAUUUGAUUCCCCCUAUUGGGACGACAUCAGCGAUUCGGCGAAAAACUUCAUUAAACAACUGAUGUGCGUCGAUGCCGAAAAGCGAUACACGUGCCGCCAAGCUUUGGCACACCCUUGGAUAUCCGGUAACGCUGCCAGCAACAAGAACAUCCACGAAACCGUUUCGACACAACUCAAGAAGAAUUUCGCUAAAACCAGAUGGAAGCAAUUAAUGAACGCCAUAACGAUGGUGCAUAAAAUGCAGAGGUUAGCGAUGAACGUGUCAGACGCUGACGCAUCAUCGACGACGCCCGGGCCGGGCAGACAGAAGUGCACUACUAUUGUAGAGGAAGCCGAAAUCGAAUGUGACGGUGAUUCUUAUGAGUCUAACGAUGGCGGCAAUAAUAGUUACGGUGCAGAAGCAAGCCUUCCUAGCAUCGACGGUGGUGCGCAAAAUGCAAAUGAUGGCGUUGAACAGCGGAGCUGCGAGUAGCCAAGACGCGCCAACAGACCGACCGUCUGGAUCUAAUUUAUAGAUCAAACUCUGAAGCUCCAGACGAACAUAUUAGUACAUAAAAAAAAAAAAAUUUUUAAAAAAAAUCAAUAAUGUUGACAUUUAACACUCAACUCGAUAAAAUAUAAGCCAUUAACUGUUCUACCUUGUUUAAACACAAACACAACAGCUUUUAUAAACAUUUUACUGUAAUAAUAUUACAUUAUCAUCUCAUUAACGGUACGAUUAUGUUUUUAUUAAAUCUUACGUUAACAUAUUUAAGCGGGCCGUAAAUGGUUCCAUUAUUAUUAAAAUUUAAAUCUCAUUUUGUAGCUCUUCUAUUAAUUAUCAAUACCUACCUAAUAAUAAAUCGGGUACCUUUUUUUAUCGCCAUUAAUUUUAUUAAUUUUACGGUAUAUUUUAACCAAUUGUAAUCUCUAAUCGUAUAGCUUAGAUUGUAUUGUUGUAUUGAAAUCAUAAUCAAAAAAAAAAAAAUAUUAAUUCGUACUUUGUGUAAUAAUUGUAAAUUUGUUUUUAUUGUAAUCAAAUAAGUAAUGCGCUCAAAUAAGUCCAUAACAGCAACAGCUGGCAAGCCCAUGUAAGGUCUUCAGCAUUUUAUGAUACAGUUGAUGGAUCUCUCUUAACCUGCUUAUCGUAAAAUUCUAAAAACCAAAUAUUGUCAUAAACAUAAGUGUUGAAAACCUCUAAAAUUUGAACAACGACCACAAGUGUUAUUUUCAUUGAUCGUAUUAUUGUUAUCGUACUUGAAAAUGUUUCAUUGCUCAAAUUUCAGAGGCAAACAUUGUUGAUGAUUUUUUUUCAUUCGACGUUACGUUACUCACACCGAGAUACACUUUUUAAAUUAUAUUAUAACAACAAAAAUAAAAAAUAAAUAAUACAAUUAAAAAUAGCAGAGAUUUAACCACACAUAAAGUAUAUCUAAUUGCGUUUUAACAUUCCACAAAAGGUUUUUUUCGCCUACUUACAUAAUACAUUAUUAUCAUUAAAAAUUAGAAAUAUGUAUUCUGUGAUACUUUUGUGCACAUAGAUAUAUGUUAUUAGUGAAUACGAUUUAAUAAAUAAGAAAUAAUAAUAAGCCAAAACACUAUGCCUAGUACAUUAUACUUAAAAAAUAUCAUGCACGCAUGAUGCAUUAUUAUUAUUGUAUUAUACAUAAGAUUUGUUUCUUUUUUUUACGCACAAUUAAAAACAAUUAUAUAUAAUAUACCAGUUUUCUUAUCACAUGCACGUAAUUGUAAUUUAUUAUAACUAAAAUGUUCAUUUUAUCAUCCUUUAUAUUUCUAAAUUGUAACUUUCGUAGAGCUAUACUACUCGGUAUUUGAUUUUUCGGCUUUCAUUCGUUAUUAAACUUUAACUAAAACAUAGAUUAUAACUCUUAUUUUACAGUUUUACUUUUAACAGUAUUUACAUUACGUUCACAUUCUACAUAGGUAUAUUUUAAUAGAAUAUUAUCAAAAUGUGUAAUCACAAACAAUAAUUAGCAUUAUUGUUAUUUUAAUUAUUAUUAGUUUUUAUGGUAACGGCGCCGUCCGUGAUUUCCAUAACUAUAGGUAUAUUAGGUAUGUGUUAUAUUUCUUAAGCCUGAGAAGUUACAUAUUGUUUUUUAAACUUAAUUACGAUUGGUCACUUAAUUUUACUAAACACACUUAGGAUAAAUAUACAUUAAAUUGUUAUAUUUAUAGGGUUAAAUAUAUAUUACGACAAGUAUAAACUAUAAGCUGUUAUCAUACUUAAGUCACUAAGUUUAAUUAAUUACAUUAGCAUGCGGAUCUAACUGUUCAUCGAUAGGUUCGCCAAAUAUAUUAAUAUAUAUAUAUAUAUAUAUAUAUAUAUAUAUAUAUAUAUAUAUAUAUAUUAUAGUUAAUAUAUUAUUAUAUUAUUUAUACACUUUAUAUGUUUGGUUAUUAUUAUUAUUAUUCUACUAAGUUAAUUUUAGUAAAACUCUUUGAUCUAUAUACUUAACUUUUUUUAUCAUUAUUAACAGAUUUAU